CUUGCAUGGGCUGGAGACGUAACAUGUAUAAACUGCCCACUGACCGGAUCUGCUAUUUAACAGGUGUAGCAGCAAGUGCAACAGUGUCGUCUUUAGACAGAUCUAGUCCGGGACUAUGCGCUCAGUCUGGGGUUUAAUUGCCUUGGUGGCCACGGCAACUUUUUACUUGUACCUGCUGUCUGUGUUCCUUCCGCCGGGUCCGCGUGCCGCCCGGCUUCACGACGUUCAACCUCAACACACCGCCGACGAACCGCAGGAGGAAGAACUCAGGUUGAAGUUCCCAUCUGAUCUGAAUGAGUUGAGGGAACUAGCUGAGCUGCUGCAGUUCUAUAAGGCAGAACACACUGGAUAUGUGUUCAUCCUCUUUUGCAGUGCCUACCUCUACAAGCAGUCCUUCGCCAUUCCAGGCUCAUCCUUUUUGAACAUGCUGGCGGGGGCAUUAUUUGGGCCAUGGCAUGGACUCCUCAUCGCCUGCACUUUGACUACUGUGGGUUCCACCAACUGCUACCUGCUGUCCCGUACAUUUGGCAAACGCCACAUCGUCAGGCUCUUCCCUGAGAAGGUGGCCAUGCUGCAGAGAAUGGUGGAAGAGAACAGGAGUAGUUUGUUCUUCUUCUUGCUCUUUCUGCGGUUCUUUCCCAUGACGCCAAACUGGUUUCUGAAUGUCACCUCUCCAAUCCUCAACAUCCCCAUCCCCAUAUUCUUUUUCUCCAUCCUCAUUGGUCUAAUCCCUUAUAAUUUUAUCUGUGUCCGUACGGGUGCCAUCUUGUCUGAGAUCCACUCGUUGGACGACAUCUUUUCUUGGAGGACCCUGUUUCAGCUCCUGUUGAUCGCGUGUGUGGCUCUACUUCCUGGAGCUCUGAUCCGCCGCUAUAGUCAGGCCCAUCUCAAACUUGAUGGCCUGGAACCCAAUGGACACCAAAAGGUCCUGAAUGAUCGCAAGACUAGAUGAACCGAAGACACACAGAAGAGGAGACUGCAGUCUGUAAAUAUGGGACUGAUCAUUGGUCUGGAGUCACACCUGAGGAUUUGGUUAUGAAUGUCUGAAUGCAGAGUGGAACUGACAUGGAAAGAAAUAGAAAAUAUGAAUUACCAAAUGUCUAUAAUUGCUGACAUUACAUAUAUAACACUGGACAUUGCCUCAUUAUAUAGGAAAAAAUUAAUCUGACGGCCUAGCCUUUACGUUUUUUUAUUGAAGCAAAACAUAUUUAUGUUUUCAAAUGUUGUUUAGUGACCAUGUUUGUUUGUAGCUUUGUGUGUUUAUGGCUUUAUUUAGUUGUGGAAACUGUAAAUAACUGUAAGUUCCAUGUGUUUUUGAGUGUUUACACAUUUUACCAAAAUAGAACUAAUGAUAAGUUAACCCCCCCCCAAUUGUAAAUAGCUCUAAGGUAACAAAAUCUUUCUGCUCAAGACCUGCACAUAAAAAAUUAUUUAUUGCAUAAAAAUAUUUGUAUUUAAAAGUAGUACUAGUUUUACUUAAACUGUAUCCAACUUUAUAACUUAAAAAGAGAUGCAGCCAUUUGUAACUUGAAUGUGCGAGGCUUGCCGUGUCAUUCUUGUAAUAUUAUUUCAACAGAAUGUAGUCAUAAACACUGGUUUGCAGCACAAAUAGUUUUUCAGUUACUGCACUUAUUCUUGUUAUUACCUAUACCAGCUAAUGAAUCAGGAUUUGCAAAUUCAUAGCUUACUUCUGCGCUGAAAAAUAAGGUGCAUACCACUAAAGUGAUUUUUAAAGAUUAUUAGAUAUUAUAUUCAUUAUCCUCAAGCGUCCUAGCAGGGUGUUCUUUUAUUUGCAAGUUAGUAUCAUGCCUUAAAUAUAGACUUGUGCACUGAUCAUUUACAUGAUGGCCUAAAUCUUUUGGAGUUGCACAGUACAUUCAGGGAUUGAUAACUGACUUGGUCAUACAUAUACAACUUACUUUGUUAUACUUGCACAUGUGCAUAAUUCAUUUCUA